UUUGAUAUCCACUUGGUCUCUUUCACUAAGGUCUCUUUGAACUUUGGUUUUGGAGGAAAUAAAAUAUAACUUUCUUGUUUUUAUUAUUAUAAUUGCAAAAUUUAUGAAAUUAAAGUCUCAAAUUUAAUUUCGCACUUUCAAUGUAUGUACCUACUUCAUUACAAUUUUUUGCAAGUUUAUUAGUUUUGUUUAAAGUGUUUUAUGAACACACACAAUGAUGCAUGUAAAGUGUCGUUCGGGCUUAUACCCUCGUUCCCUCGUACAAAGAUUUGCUGUACCAGACUCUAAAGUAUCUUGGAGUACUGAGUAUAAAGAGUAUGAUCCACCAUCACAUACGGAUCCAGGAAUAGAUGGCAAGCCUUGGGCUGACCCAGAAAUCGUCAGGCCUGGUUUUACACCGAAAUGGAAUAACAUUGAUGGAAAAGUCAACAGAAAAAGUUACAUGGGACCAUACAAAAUAGUAAACAGCUAUCCACUAAAUCCAAUUGGACGCACAGGAUUACAAGGAAGAGGUGUUUUAGGAAGAUGGGGCCCAAACCAUGCAGCCGACCCCAUUGUUACAAGAUGGAAGAAAAUUGAAAAUGGUGCUAAUCACAAUGACAAAUCAAUACUACAAUUUGUGGCAAUCAAACGUCGAGAUACAGGAGAGUGGGCAUUACCAGGAGGCAUGGUUGAUCCGGGUGAGAAAAUUUCCACUACUGCCAUCAGGGAGUUUGAGGAGGAAGCUAUGAAUUCUCUUGAAACUUCUGAAAGUGAGAAAGAGAUUUGGAGAAUCAAAUUUAAAGAAUUUUUCAGUACUGGCAUUGAGAUAUACUCCGGUUAUGUUGAUGAUCCUAGAAAUACAGACAAUGCUUGGAUGGAGACAACAGCAUACAAUUAUCAUGAUGAAACUGGUUCUGUUGUCGGUUCCCUCCAACUGAAAGCUGGUGAUGAUGCUGUGGGUGUUAAAUGGGUGGACAUUACACCAGAAUUGAAUCUGUACGCAAGUCACAAAGACAUGGUCAAUGCAGUCUUAGCUCUUCGGUGUAAAUAAAAUUUACAAUGUUUGAAAAUGUUAUACCUGCAAUACAAAUCAGUGUAUAAAAACGAAAGACCUCUGUA